CCUUCGCAUCUAUUAUAAUAUAAAUACUCCAAAAACUGUUAUUUGUAAAUUAGUAGGUCAUUUAAUAAGGGUCAGAAUGAUUUGCAGUAAAGUGUCAAGUCACGAUCAAUAUAAUAUAACGAAAUAAAAAAUCGUGUGAGUAAAAUGCAUAGUAUAAGAAUUUAGUCUUGUUACUCGAAGUAGUAAUAAUAAUAUGAACAUUGUGUGAAUUUAAUUUGUAAUAAGAGAGGUGUUAUCAAGGCAGUUGCAAUGAAAAGGAAUUCGUGUGAAUUGGGACAAAUGAUUGUGAAGUUUAUGAAAGAUGUAAACCCAAAAGGAAGUGGGAAGAGGAAUAAGAGGUUUAUAAUAUCCAAUAUAGGUAUCCGGUGAUCUAGUCGCGGAGCAAAGUAAACAUAGAUGCUUGAUAUACUCCUGUACACUUAAGUUCAGUUUUUUGGAGUUCAUCCACAUGCAUUCAGCUAUGUAGAGUAGCCGUUAUCUAGCUCUUUUAGGUAGAUUAUUUGGAACUUGGUUUAAAAAAAGAGAAAGCUCCAUCUAUUUUGAUAUGAUGCUUACCGUCCACCAAGUGAGAAAGAAUGGCGCUGUUAAUCGAUGUAGAUUACAUGUAACUUGGCAACGUGAAGCGUCCUAUCAGCAGAUCUUUUGAGUUGACGUGUUAAAAUAUCACCCGCUAUGUCCCAUUUAAAGCUCACUUUCAGAUAAUGGAGGUUUUUACUGACCGUGUCAGUUUGCUCUUUUUUCAUUACCUCUAAUGGAAAAUCCCUAACGUAAUUACCUGGAUAGUUGUUGUUCCGUAGUGUGUUCUUUAGAUUAUCUACUUCCUUUUCAUUGCAACUGCCUUGAUAACACCUCUCUUAUUACAAAUUAAAUUCACACAAUGUUCAUAUUAUUAUUACUACUUCGAGUAACAAGACUAAAUUCUUAUACUAUGCAUUUUACUCACACGAUUUUUUAUUUCGUUAUAUUAUAUUGAUCGUGACUUGACACUUUACUGCAAAUCAUUCUGACCCUUAUUAAAUGACCUACUAAUUUACAAAUAACACAGUUUUUGGAGUAUUUAUAUUAUAAUAGAUGCGAAGGGUCCAGUCAUGGUUACAGAAUGCUUGAAACCUUAUGCAUCACAUAUUCGGGUACAUUUUGUUUCAAAUAUAGAUGGAACACACAUUGCGGAAACAUUAAAGAAAGUAAAUUCAGAGACAGUUCUGUUUAUCAUCGCCUCCAAGUAACCUAGCCAAAAGUGGAAAAUGCGUUGUUGAGGUUCCAAAUAUUCAUCGACUAAGGCGUUUAGAACGUGUGUGACGUAUGCCGAAUCAAUACAUUCGAUGCUCGAUAUGGGCCAGUGUGGGAGUAGAUUGAAAAAACAGCUAAGGGCGGUCAAACCGAAAUGUGUCAGUUCAUGUAGUCAUUAACGGUUAGUUUACCAUGUUAGCAGAUGCGGACUACCUUGUUAAAGUCUGUGUGAUAGCUGCGUUCAUUGUCUGGAGACGAGUAGCAUGGUUCACCUUAAAUCACAGUGACACGGACCCAUGUAACGUAGGUCCUAUUUUUCCAUUCCUAUCCCUUGACCCGCAUUCCCAGUCCUCAAUUUUUUUCAACAUUAUUGUUGCUACAUCAUUUCAUUUCCUUUGUUAGUGUGGUAUUUCAAAUUGGGCAACAUAUUUUUACCGGGGUUUACGUUAAUGGCAAUCGACCAAUUCUCUUUCUCCAUAAAAUCAUUGAUGGCUGGAACUCAAGUUUUGUUUCUUGUUUGUGUUCCGAUCUGGAUGUUAGCUUGGAUCGUCACACUUAUUUUAAUUUUAUGGCUUGUGUAAGUGUUCUAACCAAACACUUUUUCUUUUUAGACGUUCACUACCAUUGAAACGAUGACCAAUGCUAACUCUGCCAAAGAAUGGUUCUUAGAACAUGCGAAAAAUGUUUCUCACGUGGCCAAGCACUUUGUCGCCUUAUCAACUAAUGCAACAGAAGUCUGCAAAUUUGGCAUAGCACCGGAAAACAUGUUUGAGUUUUGGGAUUGGGUUGGAGGUCGUUACUCAUUAUGGUCUGCCAUAGGUUUAUCUAUAGCUCUUUACGUAGGUAUGGAGAAUUUCAUUAAAUUGUUGGAAGGAGCUCAUGAAAUGGAUAAACAUUUCAAAGAAACGCCAUUACAUAAAAACCUUCCUGUCAUCCUAGCUGUGUUAGGUGUAAUGUAUAUCAAUAUUUAUGGGGCAGAAACUCAAGCAAUUCUACCAUAUGAUCAAUAUAUGUCACGCUUUGCUGCAUAUUUCCAACAAGGUGAUAUGGAAUCGAAUGGAAAGUUUGUUAGACGUGAUGGCAAAGAAGUUGAUUAUUCCACUGGUCCCAUAGUUUGGGGUGAACCAGGAACAAAUGGUCAACAUGCAUUUUAUCAACUUAUUCAUCAAGGCACACGGUUAAUCCCAUGUGAUUUCUUGAUACCAGUACAUACACACAAUCCAGUUCAAGGUGGCUUACAUCAUGAGAUUCUCCUAUCUAAUUUUUUGGCUCAAACUGAAGCUUUAAUGACUGGUAAAACAAAAGAAGAAGUUCAUAAGGAAUUGUUUGCUGCUGGAGUUACUGGCGACUUAUUAAAUUCACUUGCAUUGCAUAAAAGUUUCAAGGGUAAUCGUCCAUCUAAUUCCAUUGUGUUCACCAAAUUGACACCAUAUAUUUUGGGCGCUUUGAUUGCUAUGUAUGAACAUAAGAUAUUUGUUCAAGGAAUUAUAUGGAAUAUUAAUUCUUUUGAUCAAUGGGGUGUGGAGCUGGGAAAAGUGUUAGCCAAGAAAAUUCAACCAGAAUUAACUACCAAUGAGCUGGUUACUAGUCAUGACUCUUCAACAAAUGGAUUAAUUGCAUUUAUUAAAAAUCAUCGAAAGUAAAAUCAUGGUUGCCACACGGAAAAAAUAAAAAAAACAACCGGAAAAUCUUAAUGAAUUCAAUCGUAAUUAUAAUGACAAUUUUAAUGAAUAAAUUUAAUAUUUAUAUUUGAUUUAAUCAAUUUCUUGAUAGUUAGUAGUAAGACAAUAUUAAAGUAGAAAAUUUUGAUACUAUCAAUAACAAUUACCGUUAUUACUAUUAUUACUGAACUAUUGUUUAAACUGUCGGCCAAUAACCUUCAUCGGCUCUCUGUAGUUUUCUUUUUUUUCAUUAGUUAAUAGUUAUAUAUUUGUGAUAUAAAAUGAUCGCAUGAUUACUGAAAUAUUGAUACUACUAUUCUGAUCUGAAUAAUUUUUAAUUUCUAGUUACUUUGUCUUAUCUGUCACCUUAGUGAGUAGUAUGGUCUCUUGUACUGCUUUUUUUCGGUUUUGUUUACUAGUUAUACUAUAUACGUUUGAUUGAUUACAUGAGAGUGCAUGAAUAAAUUUUACUCUCAUUUAAUUUGUAUACCUCUCCCUUACUUGAUAUCAAUUUUGGCGAUGAAAUAUAAAAACCUUUAUGAACUAUUGUGUUGAUUUUCAAAUACAGAUCAUUCAGC